CCCCCCUGUCCCGCCUUUCCGAAUGAGGCAGGGAGAAGGAGGCCGCCGGCACGCGGAAGCCCGGAACGGCUCGGAAACCGAGCCCCCUUUGCCAGCCUGCCCGUUCCCCGUGGCUCUUUGGGAUCCUUGGCCGGGGAAUCUCAUUGUGUGAAAGGAGGCACGGGGCUUUUCUGGUGGGCGCACCGCCGUGGCCGGCUGCCGUUGCGGCAACAAGUGACACCCGCCUUAGCUGCCCAGGGUUUUCCGAGAGUUGUGCUGGUGUGUGGUGUUUGCUCCCUCGUUUGGGGGCUUCGGAUGUGUUUUUAUGACGAAGUUGCUUUGUGGCUUUUGCUGGCCCAGUUUGGUUUUAACGCCUCAUGCGCAUCCUCCCUGUAUCCUUGGAAAAGGGGAGGGCUGGAAAUUCUUUUAAGAACUGAAUAAUUGUUCUUCUUAGGCUCUGGGGCAGCCUUCCCAAGCCUGGAGAUGCUGCCCAGGGAUGGUGGGUGUUGUAGUCUUUGCACUCUGGAGGGCACCAGGCUGGGGGAAGCCACUCCAGGGCGUGGGGUGAUUGAACCAGUGUGAGGCCAAGUUUGGACGGUGAUCCGUGGAUAUGCGGGAAGGUGUGCCUCUAGACCCUCUUUCCCUGUCCCCAUUUAGCGCCUUCCAUCCUCUGCCUGGAUCCCUUGAUGCUUCAGUUCUCAGACUUUUGCUACAACUCUCCCCAGCGUGGAAACUGCACACCAAGAAAAAGGAGUCACACCCUUUUUCGCAUGGGCCUUCGCAACUGGGCACGCCGUUCUCGACCGGGGCACGUGCUUUGCUGUGAAUCCUAGCCGGGAACGCUGGACUAAGAAAAUGUUCUGAUUUCGACGCAUCAGACACGUGUGCGUCCGAGAUGGCGAGCGUGUUGUCCAGGCGGCUGGGCAAGCGGUCCUUGCUGGGGGCCCGCAUAUCCGCCCCCCCCUUGCUGGGGGACGGGGUGCUGAUGGCCACCCAGGUCUGUCCCCCGCAGCCGGAGCACAGCAAAGGAGCCCUCGCCCUGCCUGCAUUUGAGGACGGCCACUUCAAGGAGCACGUGGAAGACCCCGGCAAGCCGAGCCAGCCCUGGCCAGCCCUGCCGGCAGGCCAAAAGGCGUGCGCCUUCUACAACGGGCAGGAGAGCGCCGGCCUGGGAGAGCGCCAUGAACUCGGCAGUUGUGAUGUGGAAAUGGAGCAGGGCUUCUGUGUGAGCAGGACGGCCGAGGAAGCGCGGCUGCCCGACGCCCAGCCCUCGGCUCUCCCAGCCCUGGAGGUGGACCACGCAAGUCCUGCGCCGGUGGGAUACGGCAGCACCCCCGUGGCCAUGGAGCACGGUCCCUCCGUGGCAGACGCCGCCGUGGCCCCUGCACCGAGGUCGGUUUCCAGGAGCAUCGACGUACCAAAAAGGAAGUCCGACACCGCGGUCGAUAUGGACGAGAUGAUGGCUGCGAUGGUGCUGACCAGCUUGUCCUGCAGCCCCGUGGUGCAGAGCCCGCCCGGCAGCGACGCCAGCAUGCCAGCCUCGCAGGCGGCCUGUGACGUUUGGAAGGAGAGCGGCGACAUGUCGGACGGAGGCAGCAGCACCACCAGCGGCCACUGGAGCGGCAUCUCCACGCCCUCGCCCCCCCACUCCCAGGCCAGCCCCAAGUACUCGAGCGAGGCCUUCAGCUCCCCGCGGGCCGACGACGGCUUCGAGACAGACUCGGACCCCUUUCUCUUCGACGAGCCGGCCCCGCGGAAAAGGAAGAAUUCGGUCAAGGUGGUGUACAAGUGCUUGUGGCCGAGCUGCGGCAAAGUCCUCCGCUCCAUCGUCGGGAUCAAGAGGCACGUGAAGACGCAGCACUUGGGGGACGGCGCCAACUCGGACCAGCGGAAGAGAGAAGAGGACUUCUAUUACACGGAGAUGCAGGUGAAGGAGGAGGCGCCCCCGGAGCCGCCGGCCACCGUUCCCAGCCCCCCGGCGGGCUCCUCACCCAUGGUCGUCCAGCAGACUCCGUCCCAGCCCGAGGCCCUGGUCUUGGACCGGGUGGCCACGUUCAAGCCUCACCUGCCCGGCGCAGCCCUCAGCCAGUCAGCGCCCAGCUCCUUCUGGCACAUCCAGGCGGACCACGCCUACCAGGCUUUGCCGUCCAUCCAAAUCCCCGUGUCGCCGCACAUAUUCACCAGCAUCAGUUGGGCUGCCGCCACCUCCACGAUUCCUACCCUCUCGCCGGUCCGGAGCCGGUCCCUGAGUUUCAGCGAGCCGCCCCCGCCCCCGCCGCCCCAGCCCCCUGUGCUGAAGUCCCACCUGAUCGUCGCAUCUCCUCCCAGAGUGCCCAGUGGCACCAGGAAAGUCCGCGGCGAGGCCAAGAAGUGCCGCAAAGUGUACGGCAUCGAGCACCGGGACCAGUGGUGCACCGCCUGCCGGUGGAAGAAGGCAUGCCAGCGGUUUUUGGACUGAGAGUGUUGCACGCGCGCUUGCUCGCCCGCCCGCUCGCUCGCUCGCACGCACGCCUGCACGGGGGCUGGAAGGCGGAGCGCGCUCCCUCCCGCUGUUGGCCAGAGCGCCGUGUCCUCGCCACGCCGGGCCCGGUGGCCCCGGGAGCGACGCCCGCGCUGCGGCAGCUAUCUCAAGCGUCCCCUCUUUGUCCGAAGCUCUGUAUAGCCGACGUCUGCCAGGUUUUCUAACACUCAGUGUUUCGUGGGGAUGUUUCUUUUCUUUUUAUACACUUUUUUAAAAACAGCAACCCAGGGAGCAUCGCUUUCCCUUUGUAAAUAACUAGGGCAGAGAAGAUGCAAAGCGAACGCAAGGAGCCAUGAGCUUGGUGUGUGUAUUUUGCCAGCUUGCUUCCUGUCGGGUUCAGGGACCAAAGAACUUUGCAUUCCCCCCCCCCCCCGUAAGUGGACGGGGCUGGCUGAGGGUUUGGGGUGGGGGUCGCAGUGUGGGACUUAGGGGCAGCCUUGACACUCCCCACUUGACUCUCUGGAAAUCGCAGUGUGCGGGAACGGGGGCACAGCCCUGCAGCUCACGGGGGCCGGGAGCACCCGAUGUUCCCGCGCCAUGUCCACAGACAAACUCAUGGAGGGCACCCCUAAGCAAGCACUGCUGUUAAUUCAUCUUCUAAUUAAGCAAAUGCAUUCUGGGGGGGCGGGACAAUCAUUGUAUUGAAUUGCAAUCAGAGGAUUUUUAAAAAAUUGCUUGCUGGUGCCAGGAAACGGAAGAUAAGUCGCAGGAUUUUCAUAGCUACUGCUGUUGGGCCAUCGUUGUGGGGGGAAGUCAGGCCCAAUGGUUGGAGAAGCCCGUGCUGUGGGCAGCAUUUGCAUGGAGCAGUUGUGGUUGUGUCGGAGGCACCUUCUCACGUGAUGCGCCAGCGCAAGUUGCGCCAGCGGGAGACCGCGAAAACAGGGCUUUCCUGUUUCUUAUCUUGCCUCUUUUCUGGAGGUUUCGGUCCACACUUCCUAUUGCAUCUCUGCGUGUCACACAGCGGCAAACCGGCGUUUGCCAGGAGUUCGCAUCGACGCUGAGCUCUUCUUAUCUUGGCUUCCCCGGCAAAACCCUCCCUGGCCGAGGGAAUGGCCGCGUGCGGUGCCCCUGUGUGGAGCGUCUUCAGGUGCGCUACAGACCAGGUUGAUCUUGGCACAGCGGAAGUCAUCUGCGCACGUGUCUGCGCCAUUGCUUUAGGAUCGUGACAUCACGGAGCAGUUGAGCUGGAAGGGGCCGGGGGGCCAUCAGGUCCACCCCCUGCUCAGUGCAGGCCCUCACGUUACACCAUCCCACUCAGGUGGCUGCCCAGCGGCACCUUGGAUGCCUGCGGGUGGGAGAGCCCAGCACCUCCCCGGGUCGUGGGUCCCGUUGCCGCACUGCUCUAGCCGUCGGAAGUUCUUCCUGAUGCCUGGCCAGAACCUGGCUUCCUGCCACUCGAGCCCGCUGCUCCGGCUCCUGCACUCUGGGAGGACCGGGAAGAAACCCUGGCCUUCCUCUUUGCGACAGCCCUUCCAAGUCCAUGGAGAGGGCUAUCCCAUCUCCCUUCCAUCUUCUCUUCUUGAGGUUAAACAUGCCCAGUUCUCUCAAUCUCUCCUCAUAGGGCUUUUUUCCAGUCCCCGGAUCCUCCUCGUCGCCCUUCUCGGAGCCCUUCCCAGCUUGUCUGCAUCUUUCUUCAAAUACGGUGCCCAGAACUGGACGAAGAACUCCGAAUGAGGUGUGACCAGCGCUGAGCUGGGACUUCAGCCGAUUAGGAAGUGCAACUUCUAGUAAUGCAUCCUUAAAGUAGUAUUUGCCCUUUCUGCAGCCGCAUCACAUUGUUGGCCUGUAUUUCGCUUGCGGCCUUCACUACGUCAGGAUCCUUCUCAUUUGCAGUCUUGAUGAGCCUUCCCCAUCUUGUAGCGGUGCAUUUGGUUUCUUUUUCCUAAGUGGAAAACCUGGCGUUUGCCCCUAUUGAAUUUCCUUCAAGAUCACCUUGAAUCUUCUUUCUGUCUUCCAGGGUAUUAGUUACCGCACCUCGUUUUGUGCCAUCUGAAAACCUGAUAAUUGGUUCCCUGCAUUUCACCCAGCUCAUUAAUGAAAAUGUUGACAAGCGCUGAGCCCUGCAGAACCGCACUCGUGGCCUCUCCCCAGUCGGAGAAGGUGCCAUUCUUUGAGUCUCCCACAACUGACCCUCCGCUCUUGUUCUUGCAAGCCGUGGCGUCGCCGCUAAUACUCGGUUGAUCUUCAGCCUCUUGUUCAGUGUUUCCUGGGAUGACUUCCAGUGCUGGAGCCGGGGGUCAGACUAGAUGGCCCGGGAUACCCCUUCCGACUCGCUCUGUUUCUGUGUUUCCCCAGUCGGCUUUUCUCCGGACUCAUCCUCGAGCAGCAGAAAGUCCAAGAUUUCCACUGCUUCCACUGGUGGAGAGUGUCGUCUCCUUCUCCUGGCACCCUUUUCCGGGGAGUUUCCUCGUUUUCCCUUCCCUUGGGAUUCUCUUCUUCUGCCUGAGCUUCCUGUUGUUCUGCUACCUUCUGUGCCACUCUUAGCUGUUGUAGCUCCACUGCCCUGCCAAAAACCCCUCAUCUCCUCUUAUUCCCUUGAGGGGGGCACCUGAGUGCUCUCAGCUUUUCCUCCAGCAGCUCCCCAGCUUGCCGUGUUGACCUCAGGCAGGAAAACAAGCACCACGCCGACACUGCAGACCGUUCACUGCGGAGCCUUCUCGGCCCGUCCUUCCUUUCUGAUCCCGGCUUGCCGGACCCGGGGCCACAACCAGUGCUCCCCACUUCUCUCCGGAAGGUCAACGACACAGUCCUACCAGUCUCUGGGAGUGUGUUACGAGGAGGAGAACCAAGGGGGGGCACCUCAUAGCCCGGAGCCGGGGCAGGCGCGGUGGGUUGCGCUUGUCCCGAACAGCUCUCAGAGCGUCAUGGCGGACGCGAGGACGCCUUCUUGGCAGCCCCAAAACCGAACCGCCACACUGCCACGGAUGCAACACUGCUGGCCAGGGGGCCACGUAAAACGCGGUGGUGCCGAUUCAUGUGGCCCAGUCCCUCUCCCUGGGAGACGCCCGCCCGCCUUUCCCUGCAUUGCACAAAGGCCGGUGCACAACAGCAGUGGCGAUGGAAGGGGCGUGCGAGGCAGUUGAGCAAGAAUUGGGAUUGUUUGCAGCGCCCCCCCCCCCCCCGCCCUCCUGGCCCCGCAGCAUUUGGAUAAUCACGAUGAGCCAUAAACUAAAGACACAAACCUCUCCUUGUAGAGUAGUAACCAAACCCCGUGACCUGGAGAAUUGAGAUUUCUUUUGAGAAAAAUGUGAGUCCUGCUUUACUUUAAGGGUACUUUAAGGGUGGGGAGGGGAGAGUUUAAAAUGGAUUUUAUGUACAUUAUCGGUGCUUGUUAAUUUUUUUGUGCUUUUUGUAAUUUUGUGCUUAAUAUACACAGUAUGUCGGAUUUUAUUUUUCUAGCCCGGACUUCUGGCAGAUGCCAAACUGGUCGCGUUCAGAGCCUUUAAAGAGAAAUGGAUUAAAUUGGAAUAUUAAACUUGGAUCUCAGAUUUAUGCAUUUCAAAUUCUGAAGGUGGGAUUUUGGGAUAGGUGAAGGUCAGAUUUUUAACCAGGGGGUGGGGUUACUAUAAUUUUUUUAAACAGAGAGGUUUCAUAGUUACGAGGAGAAAACCGGAGGCCUUUCCAGAAAAUGCAAGAUUUUGAUUGCAGGGUCUGAAUUUUGGUGGCCAUGGAGGGCAAUUUCAAAAAUGAGAAGUUUGGCUUUGGGAGCCACCCCAGGGACUGGAUGAGCAUUUUCGGUCUCUUCAGCCAGGACAAAAUCUUUUGUUCAAGCUCCAACCAGACUAUCUUGCCUUUGCCUCCCUGAUCCCCAAUAUUGGGGUCCCUGUUCCUGCUUGUGCACCCACGCAGGAUCCGGGGGGGACCGUCUUUGCUGGUCGCAGAAGCGUUUGGCCGUGGCCCGUCGUGGCAAGCGCUGAAGCGAGCCCCCGCUACCGCCCCCUGGUGACCGGGAGGGAGGGAAGCCCUUUCCACUGGGAGACCUGUGGCUUUGACCUGCCUUGGCGUUUGCACCCCAAACAGCUGGGGGCUUCCUGGGCCAGCGUGUGCUUGCGGUGCAUUUCCAAAACCUCCCCUGCCCAUCCUUUCCCUUUAUCCGUUUCCACGCUUCUUCACGCGGUAAAUAUUUCGGCCGUGGCUCGCAGUGGCUGCCCUCCAAGCCGCCCUUCGCCACCCAAAUGCGAUCACCGCCACGGGUGGCUGAUUCAAGGAAGACAGUCCUGCGGUUGCCGGGACUCUUUUCUGCCUGAAUGUGGAACCUGCAGAGGUUCACCUCCGACUGCCUACGGCCCCAAAGCCAACCUUCGCUUUUGAAAAUGACCCUUUUGCUGCCACGUUCCUGCAUUUCAAAGGUUUCCUUCUGCUCCGUAUUGCACAAAAGGCCUCGCCUGGUUGAAACCGUUUUGGAAUUUUUGUGGGUCAGAGCAAAGCUGCCGCUUCCCACAGGCAGGAUUUUAUGGGGCUUCCAUUCCCGGUUCAACGGGAACCCCUUUCAGUUUCCCUUUCUGUUGAACGGAGGGGAACGGCAAACGAGUUCCCGGUGGAUCGUGUCCAGAAAGCCCGAGGUCUGAAGAACAGUUGCCUCACUGGCAGAAGUCUGGGCCUUGUGCUUAAAGAGAGAAAUUAUUUUGUGUAGCUUUUUGUUAAAACAUGAUUGAGAAGGGCAGGGAGGAAAGAGGAAAGGAAACGUUUAAAAAAAGGUUGGGAUAAGCAGUGAAGUUGCUGCGGCGUGUGCGGGGUCGCGAUUCCCUCGCUGAAUCCCUUCUGCUGUUAUCCAGUAUCAAAGGAGCAUGUGCUCUCGGCGAUAAGCCGGACGGCCAAACCCAUCGCCGGCACGCACCCGGGCCUGGCCCGUUUCUCGGGGCAAACAAGUCGGCCUUUCUCAGAUGCCUCAUUCCAAAAUUUAUAGCACUUAAUUUUGGAGCGUGAGAAAAGAAGCUAAACCUGCAUAGGAGCAUAUUUGUUAUCCGUCUUAUUUUGCUUUUUUAAAAAUAGGGGAUAAGUGUUUUUUCUCCUUCCCUUCUUAUGCAUUAUUUUAGGAGCUGCAUGGUACAAGUUAGCCCGGAUAGUGGAUGUGUCUGGACUAUUACUCUGGUUUAAAGAUGUGCUCUUUCUUAAAGUGCUGGGAGGGUGUGGGGAAACGGGGGGUCUCAGUCCCCUCCUCCACCACCACAUUGAGGAGGAAAGGAGUGGAGUGUUCCCUUCUCCCCUGGUGCGAUUUUGCAGGUAGAUUUGAUGGGUGCAGGACUAUGAGACACACCUGUGUGUGGAAGGCACAGGUAAGGAAGGGAAGUGGGGAGAGCAGUCUUGUUCCGCUGUCGCUUUGCAGAUAGCGGUCGUUGCCUGACUCUGAUGCCCGACCGCGCAUGUGAGUAGCCCUCACUGAGAAGCAGAUCUCUUGAAGCCAGUCACUUCUUCCCGGCCUGAUUCCAUUUUUCUUCCCUUCUUCUGCUCCUCCCUACGAAGUGGUGUGGAGCCCCCAUGAAUCCUAUUCUUGGCCUCUGUUUCUGGGCCUAAAGAAAUCCCGUCCCCCCUAUUUGAAUACCAAAAAUCAAGGCGCUAUGGUAGAUAACUUUGGGGUUUUUUCUCAUAGGAAUUAAACUGAAAACAAAAAUGGCCAUUUCUCAUAGGAAAGCAAAAUCUCUCCGGCUGCCCUGUUCUAGUGUAAUUUUUACAGCUCUGAACUCUUAACUCCUUUGUUUGGGAAAGUAUAAAAUAAUAAAAAGGGCUUCUUUCCCUUUCUCCCUCCAGUGCAGUUCCCAACCCAUUUAAAUCUGGUUACUUUCUCCCCACCCCGCUGGUCCCACAUGAAACCCGAACCUUCCUGUGGUGAGGUUCCUCCUGCCCCCAGUGUACGGGGCACCGCUGUCCAACAGGUGCAGUUUGGCUUCCAAGGCUCUGUUGAAGAUCCACCCAGCAGCCCUUCCAGGGCUUCUGUCCUGCCAUUGCUGUACCUUAAUUUCUGUCCCUUGUGGGUACGGCAGCGACGUCUCUGGAAAUACACCCAGAGAAAGCUCUGCCCACGUUUUUUCCUUGGCUGAGGGCAGCUGGAGCAGGGAGCGAUCUCUUCAAAAGGGCAAGAGGGAGGCGGGGAAGAGGAAGAGGAAGAGGCGAAGGGGCUUGCCGUUCUCCCUUUCGCUGUGCCAAUACAUGCAUCAGGGUCUCUCUUCAAGCAAAGUAAUCCAACUUUUAAUUGCUUUGUGGGCUUGGCUUGCGGGGAGGGUGAAAUUUUGAGCUCCCUGCCUGGUGGCAAGACAUACCGAAAAGGGUAUGACCGUCUUCUCCAGCCUGGGGCCUUCUGGGUGUGUCGGCCUGCAGCUCCAGCUGGGGGAUUGUGGGAGUUGUAGGCCAACACGCCCAGAAAGCCCCAGGUGAGGGGCGACCGGUAGGGAGUUACGGGGUUGAAAGAUCAGGGGUAUUGUAAUCUUCUAACGCCUGCUCUUUGGAUGGUCAAACAUUCGCGUCUCGCAGGGGAAUCGAUUAUAUUGGUGAAUUACUGUUUAAUUGGAGCUUUUCUUUUCAAUUGUCUUCCAAGUAUUAUUUUUUAUUGUAAGCACAAAAAAUGUGAAAUGUAAUUUUUACAACAGCAAUAUGAAAUAUAUUUUAUAAUAAAACGAUAUGGCCUGAUA